AUGUCUGAUAUGCCCAUUCCUGAUUGGCUGGAUAACUCGACAGCGUCGUUCCUGUCUACAACCGAAGACACGACGGACACAUUAGAUCCUCGCUCUCUUCUUCCUGACGAUCAGUUUGUCAAUAAUACUCCAUUAUACAAUAAUGGCAGCAAUGGUAACCCAUGCAAUGACCCUGACGCCCACUUUUCUGAUCCCCUGCUCUAUGAAUAUCCUUCUCUCCCAUUUGAAAUUGACAUGCAUCCCCCGGCCCUACCCCAGAGGCAACCAACCAAUCAAAUACCGUCAUUCCCUGCCACCAGCAGCCUUGGCCUCCAGAACGUGUACGAGGGGUGUGUCUUUCUCGGGGAAAACGUGCAGUCGGAGUCGGCGCCUGGGAUCGUCAGUCCUACUGGUAUUUGUCAUCCUACGAAGCUUGCUAUACAUGACCAUGGCCCGGCCAGCGAUCACGCAAAGGCCACGGUGACAUCCAAUGGACCUGCCUGUCCUGUUCAGAAGACGAGAAAAAGGCAU